AUGGAGACCACCAGCAGCACUCCAUCAUCUGUGACUCCCCAGUGGGAUGUGUUUCCUCAGAAGACCUUGGAUUCUGUAGACAUUGUUGUUCUUGUUCUGUACUUUGUAUUUGUUCUGGCUGUUGGACUGUGGUCCAUGUGGAAGACACAGCGAAGCACCGUAAAAGGCUACUUUCUAGCCGGAGGAGAGAUGGUUUGGUGGCCUGUGGGUGCAUCCCUAUUUGCUAGCAAUGUUGGAAGUGGCCACUUCAUAGGUCUGGCUGGGUCAGGAGCAGCAUCAGGAAUUGCUGCAACAGCCUACGAGUGGAACGGGAUGUUUUGCGUUUUGGUGCUGACCUGGCUAUUUCUUCCAAUUUAUAUAGCAGCGGGAGUUACUACCAUGCCAGAGUACUUGCGGAAACGUUUUGGAGGCAAAAGAAUUCAGAUAUUCCUAGCAAUUCUCUACUUAUUCAUCUAUAUCUUCACCAAAAUAUCGGUUGAUAUGUAUGCUGGAGCCCUCUUCAUUCAGCAAGCCUUACACUGGGACCUCUAUAUCGCUGUUAUAGGCUUGCUGGCAAUCACAGCAGUUUAUACUGUUGCAGGCGGCCUGGCAGCUGUAAUAUAUACAGAUGCUCUGCAAACUUUCAUCAUGCUGAUUGGGGCUGUGACUCUCAUGAUCUUCAGUUUUGUUGAAGUUGGCGGCCUUGAAGGAUUGCAGAAAAAAUACUUUAAUGCCAUUCCUAGCAACCACAAGGAAAACAGUAGCUGUGGUUUACCAAGAGAAGAUGCUUUUCACAUUUUUCGAGACCCUGUUACUUCUGAUCUUCCUUGGCCAGGAGUUUUGGUAGGAAUGACCAUCCCGUCUCUGUGGUACUGGUGUACAGACCAGGUCAUCGUUCAAAGGUCCCUUGCUGCUAAAAACCUCUCUCAUGCCAAAGGAGGCUCCUUGAUGACCUCCUACUUGAAAAUUUUGCCCCUCUUUAUGAUGGUAAUGCCAGGCAUGAUCAGCCGGAUUCUCUUCCCAGAUCUGGUGGCUUGUGCAGACCCAGAAAUUUGUCGGAAAAUCUGCGGCAAUCCAUCUGGCUGUUCUGAUAUUGCUUACCCUAAGUUGGUCAUAGAACUUCUGCCUGUAGGACUUAGGGGCCUGAUGAUGUCAGUGAUGAUAGCAGCUCUUAUGUCCUCCUUGACUUCCAUCUUUAAUAGUGCCAGUACCAUUUUCACCAUGGACCUCUGGAAACACUUACGGCCUCGCUGUUCUGAGUGGGAGCUCAUGAUCAUUGGCAGGGUCUUUGUGUUGCUGCUCACUGUGAUAUCUGUCCUAUGGAUCCCAUUGGUACAGGCAGGCCAGGGAGGGCAGCUCUUCAUUUACAUCCAGUCAAUCAGCUCCUAUCUGCAGCCCCCAGUGGCAAUGGUGUUUAUUCUGGGUUGCUUCUGGAAAAGAGCAAAUGAAAAGGGUGCAUUCUGGGGCCUGGUGAUUGGGCUGCUGCUGGGCUUCAUUCGAUUGGUGCUGGACUUCAUUUAUCCAGAGCCCCAGUGUGGAGAGACAGACAUCAGACCAGGUGUGGUGAAAUACAUGCACUAUCUCUACUUCUCCAUGGUCCUAGCUGCGAUUUCUACAAUCACUGUGCUGGUUGUGAGCAUGCUCACAGAACCCCCCUCGGAAGAAAUGAUAAGUCGGCUUACCUGGUUCACACGUGGGGAUCUACCAGUCAAGCAAGAGCUAGCAGUCAGCACUUCCCCUGACGCUGGAAACGGAGUGUGUGAAGCUGAGCGUCCAGCUUUCCAGAUUGAUAUAAGCAUUGCCUCUGAAAAUAGUUCAAAUGAUAAUAAAUGUACAACUAAUACCAAAAAGAGCUCUAAGCUGAUGACAAUCUUUCUAUGGCUCUGUGGGAUGGAGCGCAAAAAGGAAGAUUCUGAGAAUGUGGUGCCGACCAAACCUGAACCUCCAGUGGCUUCAUUGGACGAGAAACCGUUGGUGAAACACAUCCUGAACAUCAACUUGAUACUAUGUGUAUGUGCUGGGCUCUUUCUCUGGGCAUACUUUGCAUAG